CAUUUCAAGCUCAGCACCCUUUUGUAGUUCUGUACAUCUCUCUAUAAUCCUCUUUCAUAGAUAUAACCAAAACCAAGAGAAGAGGAACAAUGAUGUCUUUCGUUGCAAACUUGGUCAUCAAGAGCUUUGACCGUGCUUCUACGGUAUGUGUUGAAGAUGUGGUGGAUAGUUCUCGAGCAGCUUAUGUUGAGAAUGGUGGUGAUGACGAUGACAGUGGCUAUGAUUAUGCUCCCGCUGCGUAAUUGUGUCCUACUAGUAUAUGAAUGUAAUUUAGCAGGAAAAAAAAAAAGAGAGACAGAUAUGAUAAGGUAAGUUAGAUAUCUAGCUAGGUUGUGUAUGUAUAGUGUUGUGCGUCUUCUUACAGAUGAUCAAACAUCUCUUCCUUAA